AGCUGUAGGAGGACCCAAAGCUGCUGAAAGGCUCCAAAGCUGCUGAGAGGCUCCAUGGCUGUGCUGGGACCUGUUGCUGCUUGGGGCUUCUGUGGCUUCUUGGGGGGCUCCAUGGCUGCUGCAAGACUAUGGUUGGAAGGGGACCCAUGGCUGCUGGGGGUGGCUCUGUGGCUGCUGGUGGACACGUAUCUGCUGGGGGUCUGUGGCUGGACCCGUGGUUGCAGGGGAAGAUAGGACUGCUGGGGGUCUUCAGCUGUCGGGGGACCCGCCACCUCAGCCCCACCUGCCCUCCCCUGCCUCUCCGUGGACACCGUGGCUGGGGCGAGGAGGCAGGCGCAGGGCACCUCAGACAUCCCCUGGCUGCUGUGGGAGGGAGCUCCAGCCCCCGGCAUCCGGUACCUGACAGAGAUCUCGGGGUGCGUGGUGUGCUGUGGCGAGGAGCUCUCUCCGCGUCCUCUCCCCUGAGCAGGAGAAAGAGCUGCCACCGCUUUGUACCAUGCGGCGGGGAAGAGCCCUGGGUGCCUGGAUACUCCUGGCCAGCCUGGCCGUGGCCAGCUGGGGCGUCCGAGGACAGCAAAUAAUCGUGAAAGAAGCCAGUGGGAAGGUGUUCCUGCAGUGUUUAGCAGGAAAACAAAUUACCUGGCAGAGAGAUGGGACCACUCUAGGAAACACAACGCAGCUGGAAUUGGGUACAAUUUAUGAUGACCCCAGAGGCACCUAUAUGUGUGAAACAGACGGAAAGACGUCCUCCCUCCAGGUGCACUAUCGAAUGUGCCAGAACUGCAUUGAGGUGGAUGCUCCCACCAUCUCGGGGAUCGUGGUCGCAGAUGUCAUCGCCACCAUCUUCCUGGCGGUUGCCGUGUAUUGCAUCACGGGCCAUGACAAGGGACGCAUGUCACGAGCUUCAGACAGGCAGAACCUGAUAGCCAAUGAGCAGCUCUACCAGCCCCUUGGCGAGCGGGAUGAUGGACAGUACAGCCGGCUGACACCUGCCAAGGCCCGCAAGUGAAGUGGAGAGACGCUGGGGCCUGUGGCUCCUUCAUGCUGGGAGUGAUAUUACAGCAACGCCACGGCCAGUGCCUCCGUAAGCUCGGUGCUGGCCAAAGGCAGUGCAGGUUUUUGCCUGGAGAGCCCUCCGGCUCCUUGCCGGGAUGGGCUGCUUGUAGCACUCUGCUCUUCUCAUGACGUCUUGUGCUUCUGUAUCCCCCUCAUUAAAGAUGAGCCUA